GAUGAAAGUGCCUAGCAGAGGAGCAUGGCAAAAUGGCUGUGUGGUGUCCCUCCCUCCCCUCCUGGGCCAGGGUAAGGACACACCGCCUCCUCCCCUCCCCGGGUAGCCGCAGGGAAAGCUGGCCUGCUGGAAGGAGGUGAGCCGCCUCCAGAACCAAGUUUUCAAAGCAAUGAGGAGAGCAGCCUGGAGAGACAGUCCCCGAGUGCUGAGAACUUCCCAGGCCCUGGUUGCCUCUGCCUGCCUUGCUGAGUCCCCCGAAAUCCAGGGUCCCUCCAAGAGGACCAUGGCGUAGCUGUCUCUCCCCUCUCAAGGUGAUGCUGCCCAGGAGGCGCCUAACAUGGAUGCGGGGACUGGAGGGCCCCCCACUUGCUUCCGUUACCCUAAUGCUGCUUCUUGGUGUCUUUUGGCUGCUGGGGGUUUGCGAGAAUCUGUCCUUAGCGCCAGCCCUGCUGUUUAGACGCUUCCAAGUGUAUCGCCUGGCAACCUACUGCCUGUGCCACACGGACCCCUCCCUCCUGCUCCUCAACUUGCUGCUCUUCCCUGUGCUGGGCUGGCGCCAGGAGCGGUACCAGGGCACCCUUCGCUACCUCCACGCCUCCCUGCUCAGCGCGGUAAUCUCGGCUCUGCUCUACCUCGUCCUGGCUGGGCUCUGGGCGCCUCCCCCUGAUGCUGCCAGCGGCUACACUCCAGUCCACCUGGCCAUGCUGGGGCGCCAUCUGGUACUGAGGAGCAGGGCUGGGGCCUUGGGGCAGGUUCGUGCUGUGGCCCUGCCCUGGCUGCUCCUUGCGUUCAGCCAGCUUCUCUCUCCCGGGUGCCCCUUCCUCCUCCACCUGAGUGGUGCGCUCACAGGGCUGGCCUAUUGGUCCAGGGUCUUGUCGUGGCUGGAGCUGUCGGAGAGACGCCUGGAAGUGCUAGAUGAUGGGGCCAUCUGCAGGACGCUGGCGAGAAGUGGCUUCGUCCGCUUUAUCCUGUGCCCAAGAGGGGGGAUCCUUCCCACUAGCCAUGUGGCCAGCACCAGGGGCAGGUCUCCAGGACACUCUGCCCCCCCAGCCCAGCAGUGCUUCUCAGGGGGCCUUUCAGACCAGUCCUUAGCUGUGGCACCUGCCUCUCCCUGGGCUGCUGAAAGACCUGGGUGCUGGCAGAGCUCUGGGAUGCCAUACCCGUCCGUCCCUCCGGCUUGCUUCCCAGAUCUCCAUGGGGGCCCUGCCCCCCUGCCCCCAUGGGACAGCCCCAGCCUGCACUCUGGGGCAUCACUCUUGGGCCUGGGAGAGGUCCUGCUGGAUGAGCAGCUGCUGCUGGCCGGGAUCCAGGCCUCCCUGAGGGACGCCAGCCUGGAGGCUGCCGUGGGUGGAGUGCAGCUUUCCAAAUCCUCUGUCUCCUCUCUGCGACUGCAGCAACUGGAGAGGAUGGGCUUCCCCACGGAGCAGGCGGUGGUGGCACUGGCAGCUACGGGCCGAGUGGAGGGGGCCGUCUCGCUGCUGAUUGGAGGCCAGGUUGGGGACGAGGCUGUGGUGACGUUGGAGAGCAGGCCAGCCUGCCGUGAACAUCUGCUUCCCACAGAGCAAGCCGUACCGUGCUUUCCCACCACAGAAUAAAGGGCCCCAGUAAUUAACGGUGGAAAUAACGGCGCCAAGCUGAACCAUUGGGUUUGAGAUCACCAGGCCCUGAGGGAAGGAAGAGAGCAAAGCCCAUUACCGGAAGCACCAUGAGCUUGGGGCCUGCACCCUCUAUCCCAAGACGGGGGAGUCCUGUCGGGCUCAGCGCCAGGCCGGGGCUCCCUGGGGAAUGGCUGCGUGAGAGGAUGGGGAAGCAGGAGCGGUGAGGCAGGUGCUGAGCUGGGUGCUACAGGGAGGAAGAGCAGUUGCAUGACUGCGGCAUGGCUGGGGCUGUGCAGAGGAGUCACUUGCAGCAUGGUGCCUCCUACCUUCUCCGUCCCUCCCCUCGUGCCAGCCCCCACGGGCUCCGGCCUCUUGCUUUCUGCCUGACCCGUCCCUUCCUUGGUAAGGCCAUGCUAAAUUUGAACCUGUGUUAGCAGCCAGGUUAGUACUGGCCAUUCUGGGCCUCCCAAAUGUUUGUUCCAGGGCACAAACCUUUAUGAUUUAGGCUGAGAUUCAGGCCGUGUCCUGGAACUCGCAUUUAGGGAGCGGCCAUGCCAGCACGGGCAAAUAUAUUCGCUAAUUGGUGACUGAGUAACUGGUGUUAGAAAGCACCAGUGUAGACAGAUCCUAUCACUAGCUGGGGCGGGGCGGGGGGGAGGCUAGCACUGGGGACAGCACAGACGAACUCCCCAGCCCAGAGAGUUCCAGGUUUAAUGGUGCUGCCGGGUGAAGGCGAUGCUAGAAAACAGGCCAGAUCCAUGCUUGUGUCCUCUGGAGCCUAAACUCUGCCACACAUCGUGUCAUCCCAGGCAGUCCUGUGGCAUUUGGGGUGCGGGGUUAUGCCACCAGCAGUCUGGGAAUCCUAAACAGUCCGUAACCGUAACAUCUCCCCAAAGGCCGACUGCCCCAGAAAGCAGAGGGGAGGGCUAGCCCGGGAAAGGUGCCUGCCAGCUCCCAUCCCAUUGCCUGGAAGGUGGUACCUGCUUUCUCUGCCUGCCCUCUGGUUGGCUUUACCAAGGUGUUGGCUCCUGGACCCACCAGCUGCCGACAUGAUGGUGCCCUGUCUACAUGGGAUUCACCUGGAGACCACCAGCAUCAUGGCCCUGCAGCUACUUUCCAGCCUUGUUCUGUCUUGCCACAGGCUCUGAGCCAGAGGGCUGUGAGAGCCAGCGAGCCCUGCCACCAUUGCUAAGGGCCCCUGCAGAAGUGCCCGCCCGGGGAGCUGACCUGUGGAGCCGUGGAAGUGACCUGUGGCUGUUCUUUGCUGGAGAAAUAAAGUUUCACCAAACCCUG